GUAAAAUAAAUUAAACAUUAAAAGUUUUUCAGUAAAAAAAAAAUUUUAUUUAAAUAAUAAUCAACUAAAAUAAAACGUCUUAAGAAUGGGAACAAUUGAUUCUGAUACUCCUAUCGCUGAGCGAAAAUCUAUAAAACAAAAACGCUCGUUUUCGUUUCGCUUGCGCAGAUCACGUCCUGGCGAUGGCGGUAGCACCCAUUCACGCAAUAGCAAUAAUAAUAGUAGUACGUGUACUAAUAACAAUCGCUGCAAUUCACCCUUAACUGCAACCAGUACUAGUAUGAAACUAGAAGUUCCGAAUUCUGCGGCUUCGGUAAGCCGUCGCAGUAGCAUCUAUAAGAAACCGGACAAGGAUGAUAGUGGUCUUAUUCAUAUUGUACGCGAUAUUGAUUUACCGUUAAUGACUUUUAACGAUCAAUACAACGUUGAGAAGGUAUUGGCUGAGGGUUGUUUCGCAAAAAUUAUGCUCGCUUUGCAUCGGCCUACCCAAACUCAAGUUGUAUUAAAAGCCGUUCAUGCCGAACUGACCACAACGCAAGAGUUUCAAAGAGAAUUUCAUUUCAACUAUGAAUUAUCGCAUCAUCGUAACAUACUGAGUGCUUACAAUGUGGCUUUUCAGACCAAAGACUAUUAUGUAUUUGCAAUGGAGCAUGCUCCCUAUGGAGAUUUGGCUUCGAAUGUUGGCCCCAAUGGUCUUCACGAAAAUGCAUGCAAAUUGAUUACGGAACAGUUGAGCUCGGCAUUGGGUUUUAUGCAUUCGAAAAAUCUUGUUCAUCGCGAUUUAAAAUUGGAGAAUGUAUUAGUUUUUACACCGGAUUUUUCCCGUGUCAAGUUAUGCGAUUUUGGAGCCACCACUCGCAAGGGUUUACUUGUGCAUAAGGUGAAACACACUUGGACCAGUUUCGUGCCGCCUGAAGUUUUGGAAAUUGUGAAAAACGAAAGAUUUCAUUGUUUGCCGUCGAGUGAUUCAUGGCAAUUCGGUAUAUUGAUGUUUCACAUAUUGACCGGUAGUCCGCCGUGGAAUGCUGCCGAUUGGGUUAAAGAUACUCAAUACGCGGGCUUUAUGAAAUAUGAACAGCGUAAAACCACUAAAAUUCCAGAUAAUUUUCGCAAAUUUUCUACACGUUUGAUGAGAUGCUUUCGCAAAUAUUUAUCCUACGAUCCUGAAGAUCGCUGUAAAGUGACAGAAGUCGCUAAAUAUAUGAAAGAUCGUUGGGUUGAAUGUCGUAUAACCGCCUCAAAGUCAGCUACUUUGAUUUCACCGAAUCCUGAUCAAGAUUCUUGCAUUUAUUUGAAUCAGAAAGAUUGCCGACAUUCUGCCGAUGAGAAUAAAACCCGUCUAAGGCGUAUGAUGUCCAGUUAUGGUUUAGAAAGCGCAUUGGAUCAAAACGCAAUACGUAAACGAGUGCUCGAGUGGCUGGCCACUUGCGAUGCAAAUUUCGAUACAGAAAUUGAAAGUUUGGCAGUCGUAGAUGUAACUAAUUAAGAAAUUAAUUAAGGGCCAAAAAAAUGUGUAUAAGGACAAUAAAAUGAUAAUAUAUUAGGGCACAAAUAUAUACUAUUUUUACAAAGUCAAUUAACAAAUUUACCACAAAAAGAACAAAAAAAAAAAAAAAAAAAGAAAAAGAGUAGAAAAAUUGAGAUUGAGUUGAAAACAAAAAAACCACUUAAUAGUUAAGUGUUAAAAUGUACCAUAGAUGUAAAAAUAUACAAAUUUUUAGAAUUGUUUUGUUGUAUUUAGUUUUUUUUUUUUUUUAGCAAAUGUUAUACGCAUAUAUAAGCUCACAAAUUACAUAUAUCUUUAAUGUUAAUUAUAAGCAAUUCAGUAAGAGGAGAAAAAAAAAAAAAAGAAAAAUUAAGUAACAAUAAGUGUGCAUAUCUGCGAGUACAUUAUAAAUAGAAAAUUUAGAAAUAUUUAUUGGUUAUAGAUUCAUGUAAGCAAUUGUAUUCACUCAUAAUAAAUAUUCAUUCUAUACACGUAAACCAAAAGCGUAUCACAUAUUUUGAAUCGAAUUAAAUCAAAUUAAGUUUUCCAUCUCUGCUCUGAAAAUAUAGUUUCAGUUCAACAGCUGUGUUUCAAUCUAAACUACUUGGAUGUAUGUACUUCUUAUUUUUCCUAUUGCUAGCAAGACUUUUCAAAGAACUAUUAUAAUUGGAUCAUUUUAUGAAGUUUUAUACCCAUCAGGUAAGGAUGAAAGGUAUAUGCACUUUGUCAAAAUAUUUGCUACACCCAGCAGAAGAAGGCUUCAGAGACACAACAUAGGAAGCAUAUAAUUCAUCAUCAUUAAAUUCUCAAUCGAUUUAAGUAUGUUCGUCUGUCCGUCUGUAUAGUGUCUGCUGUAAACAGUCUCCCGGCAAGGAAAAAUGAAGCUACCGACUUUAAGGUUAGCGCAAACGUUGAAGCUUCUUGCACGCAGGUAUGUAUUGAAAAUGGACCAAAUCGGUUGUAGGACACGCCUACAUUACCACGUGAAUUGAGAUCAUUUCCACUUUCCAAAAGUAAUACAAAUUUUUGCUUGCUCAUAACUCACAAACCACGCCAGAUUAACCUACGCAAAUUUCGGCCUCGAUUACCCAAUUUCAUAGUGUUUCAUAAUUUCACUUCUUUCCCGAAACCCUUAUAACACGCAGAAGCCAGGUUGAAAAACCACAUAAAGUAUAUAAAUUCUUGCGGAAUGCACAUAAGCAAGUCCGUCUAUCCAUUUGCCAAAAUGGCUAGUAUAUGUGAUAAACGAAAUGAAGCGAAGAUGAAGAUAUCGGUUGCUAAUCUUUGAAAAAAUUGGAAAAUGAUCUAAACUGGUCAACUGGUGGCCUACAUCAGCCACUCCCACUUUCAUUCUAAAAAGAAGAAUGCAAAGCGCAUGGACAGAUGGACAUCCUGGCAUGUCCUUAAAUCGAUCCUUAAUUUAAUGCUGAUCAAGAAAACAUAUACUUUCUGAAGCUUACUCCUGGGCGUUGAAAACGUUUGGACAAAUGGAGCAUAUCCGCCAUCCGUGGGAAGGUUUUGAAUCAUUUGUUUCUUUUCUAUAAUCUUUUUAUCAAAUUUAAAAAAGUAUUUCCUGAGAUAUUCUAAGAGUUUGGUUUUUAUUUGUUAAUAAAAAUAAAUCUUUUAAUAGAUUUAGG